GUGAUCACACGCCCUACGUUCAGUAUCUAUGGUUAAAUUUGAAUUAUACGCAUACAGUAUACAGUUCAGCAGCUACGGGGUAGACAUGCUGUUUAAACAAAGUUAGAGUUUGGAUAAGCGCUGAUUUGAAGAGAUUUAAAUCACGGAGAUCUUGGUAAUAACCAACACGAUGAAUUAUGAACCUAACGAACGAGAUGGAUGUGGAUGUUGAAGGUGGCGGCGGCGGUGGUGGUGGUGGUAGCGUGGGAGAAAUAUGGACAGAGGCAUUGGAAAAUACCACAGCACAUGGAUUGGGAAAUGUUCUUCGUUAUCGGAACAGCAAGUCCAGGAGAAUUAUGUGGAUAUUGCUUUUUCUGGCUGGAUUAGGUGCGCUCAUCUAUUUCGUCAGCCAGUUAGCGGUCAAGUACUUCGAGUGGCCGACAGAGACAGAUGUCACGGUGGAACUAGAGCCCAGACUGGACUUCCCAGCCGUGACCAUCUGCAACGAGAACCCAGUAAAACGGUCCCAAAUAGCAGCGUCCUCUAGUUCAAGUUUGAACAAUUUGUUGGCCCAGAACGAAGCUGCAAAAGUGUCUAGAAGGCGACGCAGUAUCGCUAACAAAGAUGUGGAAGUUACACGGAAUCGUAGAGCGAGUACCUCUGCCCUUGGCUCCAGUACAUCUACUAAUUUGGGCACAAGUUCCAGCGUGGCCUCGAUUUCUGGCUUGAGUGCGGCCUUAAUUUCGGCCACGGGUUUGGGUACGGGUUCAGCGUUGGGCUUAUCGUCAACCGGAACGUCUUCUUCGGGGCACGAUUACCUCUCCAAGUCAUCUAGGACGCAGUCACUGGAUCAGUUUCAGUAUCAGUUUGCCAAAUUGAACGACACAGAACGAAUGGCUAUCGGACACAAUAUGACAACAUUUUUGGUGGACUGUUCCUGGCAGGGAUAUCCGUGUGAUAAAAGCAAUUUCACGGAGUUUAGUGAUUACAAGUAUGGGAACUGUUUCAUCUUCAACUCGGGCAUGAACAAGACCGUCAGGUCCGCCGCCCGCGGCGGUCACACUUAUGGUCUCAGUCUUGAGCUGUACAUAGAACAAGAUGAAUACAUAAUGACGACAGAAUCUGCCGGGGUUCGCGUCACAAUUCACGAGCAGAACUCGAUGCCAUUCGCGGAGGAACACAGUAUUGUGGUAGCGCCUGGGAAGCAUACCUCCAUUGGAAUAUCAAAGAAACGCUUUGUCCGUAUUGACUCACCGUACGGAGAUUGUAAAAACUACACCGAGGAAGAAAACUAUGAACUCAAUGCUUAUUCUGAAUACUAUAAUUUAAUUGUGAAUUACAGUAGAGAGGCAUGUUUUAAAACAUGCUUACAGAGACAAAUUAUAAGAGAUUGUGGAUGUGCACACCCCAGUUACCCGGCUAAUGCAACUGCUCUCCAGGCUUCUUGGAAUAUAGCCUACAAUAAAAAUCUUACUAACAGUCGUGACGAUCCAGUGCUUUGCAACAUUGCCAACAGUACCACACACAUUGUAUGUGUUGACAACAUUGUGGAUAUGUACAAAAAAGGACAGAUUACAUGCGACUGCCCUCCGAAAUGUGUGGAAGAUACAUUUGAGGCAAGUGUUUCAUCGAUGCGCUGGCCUUCCGACGUGUAUCAGAUGGAGAUGCUGCAGACUUUGAGUGCAUACGUGAAUACAGACUUACUUGAAAUGAGGAGAAACGUGAUGAAGGUGGAAAUCUUCUAUCGUGACAUGAACCUCGAAACCGUCACCACGAACAUUGCGUAUUCGCUAACGGACCUUGGGUCGGACCUUGGCGGAAACUUGGGCCUGUGGCUUGGGGUGUCUGUUCUAACAGCCUGUGAGCUAUUUAAUCUGAUAUUGGACGUGAUACAGCUGGCUCUUCGAAACCGCAAGAAAAACAGUAAAAAGAAUCAUGUGAGUCCAGUGCACAAGAUAACAACUAAAGGAUUCUGAACAGUAUGAAUACAGGAGGAAAAAUAAAAGGAAGAGAAUCACACCAUUCCUACCACAAAAGAUUUUCACAAAUAUAUAUAUUAUGUAAACUGUUUAUUUUAGUCCAGAGGGUAUACUGGUUAACAGUGUCAUUUGAAUCUGUAUAAAAGAAGAUAAUCCCGCACACAAGCUUAUAAAUGUACACACACACAUGGAUUGAUGCACAAAACAUGCACAAAUGAGCAUACAUUCACAAAUAUACACAUGCAUGUACAUAUGUACACAUGCCUCUUUUACCGAGCACACGGAAAAGUGAAAUAUGCUGUGGCUAUUAUGAAGUAGCUGCCCUGCAUUAUUUGAAAAUUGGAGUUUAAAACUCGGACAAUGGGUGUGCAAUUGUGUCUUCAAAAUCCAAAAGCAAACAAAGCAUGCACACCAUCAUAUUUAGGCGCUGAUUUGACACUGUAGGAGAGUGACUUCUUUCACAAGUUUGAAACUCGGGGACAUAUCAUCACUUCUUGUGAGACGUAUUUUUAUAUAUAUUUUUUACUUCUGAUUAUUCCCUUGUUUUGGAGUGUGCUUAAAUCUAAUGUAAAUUAUAAAGGUGAUGGAAUUAAAGUUUU